AUGUUCUUUAAUUCAGAUCUUACAAGCCUCCCUAAUUUAUCUAUUACUAAGCCUGAAUCAGCCCUAAAUCAAUCUGUUGAUACCGAGCAAGAUGUUUUCUUUCAGAAGCAAAAGGAAAUAUUAAAUAAUUCUAUUCUCUGAACUAUAAAAGAACUGGAAUUAUUAAAAAGGAAUUAUAUUAUAAAUUCAGCCUAUAAAAUAAAAGCUGAGAAUGAAAUUUUGGUUAAUUCAAUUAAGCAAGCUGAUCUAAAGAUAGAAAAAUGCAAAAAUAUGCUUAAUUAUUCAAACGCUUGCAAUGAGCUAUCAAUUACUCAAUUUUUAUUAGAACAAUAUAAAAAUGAAUUUUCUAAUUUAUCUAUAAAGCAACCUGGAGAAUAUAUAGACAGUGCAAUUAUGAUUGAUAGCUCAAAUUAUACUACAGAUGACAGUCUAAUGCUAGAACUUAUAGAAAAGCUUGAAAAUAAUGAAAAUAAAAUUUUUAAUUUAAAAAAAGAUUUGAUCAAAUUUAAUGUGCUUUUAAAAUCGAGGCUCACCUGGGCUUCUUAUAAAAAGUUAAAAAAGUUAGAGCAAAAAAAUGAGAGAAAAUGAAACAAAAUUGAAUAUGGUUACAAAGAAAUGGUGAAUUCAAUAAAACCAAAUAUUGAAAUUUUAAUUAAGUUAGACAGUCAUGCAAGCAUUUUAUAUCAAAACUAUUUAAAAAAGUUUGAUCAAAUUGCUAAAAAUUACCUAAAAUUUAGCAAAUAUAUUGAAGAAAAUAAGGCUUAUGAUGAUAAUAAUAUUUAUUUAGGGUUUCACAGCGGGAUUGCUGUAUUUGAUAUGACCUCUGAAAAGCAAGAAUAUCAUUAUUGAGAUGAUGAUAAUGAUGAUGAUUUUAAUAUUAACCUCGAUUAUUUAGAUUGAGUUAUUAAGCUUCCUAAUGAUGAAUUGUUUUGCUGCGGGCAUUAUAUUAGUAGGUUCUGCUCGCGUCACCGUAGAAGAAUUGCUAACACAUUUAUUCUUGACAGCAAAACAUUUGAAUUGAAAAAAAAAUUGAUUACCGAGGAGAUAAUGAUUCAUGCUCUGGGCUACUCUAUAAUAAUUUCAUAUAUUUUUUUGGUAGUGAGAUUUGUGUAUCUUUUGAUAUGCAGUCAAAAAGAUGAAAAAAACUUACUAGCAUUGAUUUAAGUUUUUGCACUUUGCGGGUGGUUUUGCCCCUCUAUACGGAUUUUGCUGCUCCAAAACUUGGCCACAGGAGUUCUCAAGAAGGUUAAUACAGAGUUACUGGAGAAAAUCAGUGAAGGCAGAAAUGGAGUAAAUGGCAAGCAAAUCCCAAAAUAUGUACUUUAAUGUCGCGGGCUGUUCAAGUACCACCAGCUACCUCUGAGAGGAGGGUCUUGAAGCUUGGAGGAUGGGAACCGUACAGUAAGUCCUUAUGAGCUGAGAUAUCACCUGGUGACGUCCUCUAGUAAGCUCGAUCGCUCUUAUCGGUAUACCGACCAGAAUUCUGAUGAGAAUAUGUAUAUAACGAUUUAA